CUCACCAACUCGCAUGGCGAUUGUCAUCAACCCCAAAUUCAAAGCCCAUUAAUUAAUUGCCUCGAAAUUCAAAAAAGCAAGAAAACCCUCGUCUUUUUCCAACGGAUCUCUGUCAUUUGAAUGAAUGAAUGAGAGAACAGAGAGAAACGAGAGAGAGAGAGUGAGCGGCCAUGAACAGAGCAACGAAGCUCGAGAGGAAAAGCUCGGAGAAUUCAUCGAAGAAGAAGAAACCGAGCCCAAGAAACCCACUGAAGGAUCUCAAUUCGACUUGUAUCAAUCCUCGGAUCUCUGGUGAAGCCCCAAGAGGAGGAUGUUUUAGCUUCUUUGGAUCGAAUUCGUCGUCGUCGUUGUCGAGGCCUCGAUUGACGACGCCGAGAUCAGCUCCCACCAAUUCCAGAACCCUAGCGUCAAGUAACCCUAAAUUGAAAGAAAACCCUGAGAUUCUGGGGUCGAAGGUGAAGCGAAACCGAGAUAAGCCCGGAUCGAAAGAUACGAUUUUGGGAAAUGGGUCUUCGUCUAAAGGUGAAAACCCUGAUCCUAGCCUUAGUUUUGAUGUAAAUUUGGAGAAAAAUGGAUGCUUGAAUUCUAACCCUCACAUAAGAUUUGAAGUUGAUCGGGAGAAAAAUAGUAGGUUUCUGAAUGAAAUGCCAUCGAGGUCUUGCUUAAAUUCGACUCCUGAGAAAAGUUUCUUAGGGUUCAGCCCAGAAUUAGAUUUGCAAACUAAGGAAAUAGAGCGGAAUUUAUCAAAUACACCAAAUUCAAAUACAACACCUCCAAUUCAAGCUUCGAUUUCGCCGGAAAUGGGUUGUGGAUCCAAUGUACUUCCGACUCCGGCAUGUUUUGCUGCCGGUCAUGUGAUCACCGGGGUUCAAGAUAGAAGAAAAUGCCGGCCAAGGGGAAUCCUUACUGUGGGCGGAAGUUGUGGGUUUUCUGAUGAGUCUAGGGUUUCCUCUGCAGUGCCUCCUGUUGCUGAUGCUUCGAUUCAAUGGCUUUCUUCGCCUCCGGGGAAUGUCAAUGGCAGCUCUAGUUUUAAAGCUGAUGAAGCUUCUGUCAACUGGUUUGUUCCUCCUAUUGGUGAUUUAGAGGAGCAGAGUGGUCCAAAGGUCACACCUUUCAGAAUUAGAGAUUCAUCUGAUCUUGCCUUUUGGAGGUUUUCACCUACUAUCCCCAGUACUUUAAGAUCACCUGAACUUGAUGGAAUACUAGGACUCAGCUCACCAGACUUUGAAACCACACCAUUAUCAGGCAAUGAGAUUCGGAGAACUCCAAGUUCUAAUAGCAGUAUUAGUCCUUUUUCAGCUAUAGUGCGAAGAGCAGCGCCACCGAAAUCAGGGUUUAGGGUUUCAAGACCCCAAGAAGAGAGAGGAGGAUAUCGAUAUGGUACUGCUUCAGAAGGUACACCGGCUUCUUGGGAUUCUUGGAUUGAGGUUAAUGGUACUUCUACACCAUCAUCUUAUUCAAAAUCAAGAAGAAACAGGAUAUUGUCUCCAUUUAAGUUGGAUUCUAUGGCAGAGGUUUUUGAAAGCGUGAAAUUAUCUCCCAAGAAAGAUGCCUGUGAUCUUAGUUUUCAGUUUGGAUGUCCUGGUACACCUUUAAAUUCUGUUGAUUUAGCUUGUUUCAAAAAGCCCUCAGGUGAAGAAACUUCUAAAGAUAAGGAUUUAUAUGGGUCUGAAUUGAGAAUAUCAUGGAGGGAUGGACUUGUAAGCAGGAUUUUUGAGAUGGGUGAGCUUGAUUAUUGCCAAUGUCUCUCAGAUAAUGAAGAAAAUGCCAGUUGUGUUGAAGGAGAGAACAAGCGUGACACAAAAAAUAAGAGCUUGGUGUUAGAGGAAGAAACUAAUAAACACAUACAAAGUGGUUCGGGGUCUUUUGAAUUCCCUUUUGGUGGAAUCGGCGUUCAGGAAAAUGAAGCGAAGGUUGGUCCUCCAGGAUCCAAUUUAUGUGCGGAGUCUUUUAGCACUGAUGGUGGUCUAAUUUCUUCUGGAGAUUCUGAUUGGACUCUUUUCUACAAGAACCACUUAUUUGAAGUAUGACAUGCUUUACUUAAACCCUUUGUUUUUUUCUGUUCUAAUUUUCAGAAUGUUUAAUAAGAAAUUCAGAAGUGUGAGCAUUUCUGAGACUUGUAUCUGUAACUUCUAGUGAUCUAUGAAUGAUUUUUUUUAAGAUC